AUGCUGUCUGAUAUUAUCAAUCAAUGCUGGAAUCGAUGUUCAAGUGCUUCCCGAGAAGAUCGUUGGCAGCCAUCUUAUUUGCGCAAACGUGUGCUCGUCUUGUUCCUGAUCCUUUUCUCUCUGCUUGUUGCCGCCCUCGAAAUCCUCUACCAUUAUUCACAAGUUCGCAAUGGUAUUGCAGCUUCGAGCGAGGCUCGUCAUUACCUUUGGACUUAUGGGCCGACGGCUAUACUGACGCUGUUGGCCACAUUCUGGGCCCGAGUCGAGUUUCAGUCAAAACAAAAUGCCCCGUGGCAGUCAAUGUUGGAAGCGCCCCAGCCAGCUGAUAAAAGUAUCUUGCUGGAUUAUGUAUCCGAGAUGCAGCCAGUGGCUCUAUGGAAAGCCUUCAAGAAUAGACACGUCCUUGUCUUCUCUGGGACCUCCUGUACCUUGCUUCUGCAGCUCAUGAUCGUCUUUUCGACAGGCUUGUUCUCCCUGGAAAAGGUGCAGGUGGACAAGCAACAUGUGCCUAUGCAGACAUUGAGUACUUUCGCUUCAAUCCAUUCGCAGCUUGCCACAGUUGGGUCUCAACCAUACGACAUAAUAAACGGCAUAGCGUUCAAUAAUCUGACGUACCCUCUUGGCACAAAUGGUGAUCUAGCAUUUCAGCAAUUCUCAGCUUCCAAUCUGCCUCCGAAUGCAAUAAUCACAGUCCCGAUUGAUGGUAUCAUGGCAGAUUUGAAGUGUGAGAAGGCAAUUCUGGAUAUCAAGUCUUUGGAGUACUUGGAGGAAGUCAACACGGAUGACAAUUCAAUCGUCAGCUCGAAGCUAGUUCAGCAUUACCGAUUGAGAACCUCGACCUGUACAGUUGACAACUUUAGCAAGCUGACGCUAGGUCACAUUGAGAUCAAACAAGCUGGCGUUUUCCAAUGGGGAAGCUGUGAGAAUACCACGGGCCCAGCUGGUACUCGUGUUGCUUUAUUCAUGGCCGACUUUGAACGAGCUCCGGCUACACACUCAAAUUCAACUGGGAAGCGCCGACGUUACCAUUCGACUUAUCCAACUAUAUCCCUCCGCUUGAAGAGAUCGAGGAGUUUCAUCUGCAAACCAACUCUCAAUCGCCUUCAGCUGAAGGCCGAGAAAAAUGUAACUGAGCUGUCAUCUCAAACACGCAUUCACACCAUCGCGGUACAAGACGCCAAUUUACCUGGUCUCACGGCAGGCGAUAUCGCGGCUUUUAUUUCUGGAAACAUCAGCGACACCUCGGGCUUCCGGGGAAUCGAGAGCUUUUAUCCUUUCCCCAACAACAUCCGAGUUGAUGACCAAUUGAAACUUGGUAUGCUUCUUGCCGGAGAGGACACCUCGACUAUCGAGACACUUUGGCAAGAUGACAAUGUGGAGCGAGCGGCUUCAGCUUACUACCGUGGCCUCACGGCCCAAUUGCUACAUCUAGGGCUUUCUCAAAGGACGAAUCUGACCGUCUACGGGUCCGCCCGCUUGACGGAGAGCCGCGUCCUGAUGGCAGAGCUUCCUCUCCGUAUACUGCAGGCUUGUCUCGCGGUCACCGUGUUGUUCACGGCGACGAUGACUACAGUUGUCUUCCGAGCAGCGACAGCCUCCUGGAAUUCAGCCCAUAUUUCCGCGAUCGCGGCCGUGACCGCGAACAGUGAAGAUUUCCGAUCUUCAUUGCGGGGCUCUGGACCGUCUUCUGCUUCGCGUCUUCGAAGUCGGUUCGUAGGGAAACUCUACUCUUCCAAGAAUGAGUUGGGAGGGACUUCCAUCCACGUUUUUGGCAACAGCGAGCGAAAUUCAAUCACCGAAGAAGAGUACGAUGAUCAAUAUCGCGCCUGGAAACCAUUCCCUGAACUUAUUUGGCGUGUUAUUCUUUUCGUUUUGAUUUGCUCAGCCAUUGCGACUUUGGAAGCUUUGUUGCACGUUUCUCAGACUAACAGUGGCCUUGGCACCGCGUCUCCUUCUAGCGAAUAUACCCAUUACUUGUGGACAAUCAUUCCUGCUGGGGUCAUGUCAGCGUUCAAUCUUAUUUACGGCAGCAUUGAUUUCAACACGCGUUGUUUGGCUCCGUACGCGCAUCUCAACAAGCCUAAAGGAGCGACCUUUGAAAAAUCGAUGCACUUGAGUUUUCUGGACUCACAUGGUUUCACUAUCACUCUUCGUUCCGCCUGCUCGAAAAACUUUGCAGUUCUUGCAACUACAAUUGCGACAGGUGCUGCUUGGGCUUUGACUAUCGUGGUCAGCGGUCUAUUUUCGGCCGUCGAGAUACCUUCUCAUACUUCUAAAAACUUCACUCGGGUGGGAGGCUUUCCUGAUCCCCGAACCAUCGCCGGUAUCAAACUCAAUAUGGAAGAAACUCAAGAGGUUGCUGGCAUAAUGACCUCACAGUACAUUUUACAAUACAACUACAGUUUUCCUCGCUGGACCUACGACGAGUUUGCGUUUGCAAAUGUCACACUCCAAGAUGAUUUCGAUUCAUCACUCAUGAAUGGGUCUUUUGUGGACGUUCGUGUGCCGGCUGUCAGAAGCGCUCCCGUGUGCCAUCCGAUGAGCAUGGCAGAACUGAAGCCGAACCUCACUGCAUACACAUCCCAAAAUCCACCGGCAUAUCAGCUGCGAGUCCAAACCGAGACAUUAGCCUGUCCUGAUUCUAAGGUGAAUUAUCCUUGGGAAAGCAAUGUUUUUACCGUGUACAAGCUUGAAGAUGGCCCAUUCGGCUACUCGAUGCAGGAUGGCUGCUAUUCCCCGGACGUGAGGGUGGACUCACACUCCCAUUACACGGAAUUUUAUGUUUGGGGCCGCAUAGAGGCCGGUUCGAUCAAUUACGUCACAGCGCUGAACUGCAUUCAGUUCGCUGAGAACGUGGAUGUUUUGACUCGUUUCAAAUUGCCAACCAUGGAGAUUGACGAGGAACAUCCUCCAAUCGCAGACGAAUCUACAGCAAAGCUUGCCCCGAAUCUAUACAUGCCAAUUCCGGAGUGGUGGGCACUGAACACAAAUGGAGACUAUCCUUUACUUGACGGAUUUUUCUAUCUCCUGAUCGCUGGGAAAUACGCGAUUACACCAGAUGAUCUGAUGAGACCGGAAGGGGAUCAAACCGUGAUUCGAGCCAUCAAACGCCAACACAAACUCAUCAACGCUCAACAAUUGAGCAAUUACACGCGCUCGACAGCAAAUGACACAAUAAAGCACGCACCCCUUCUUGGCAACAUCACGAUAACGAACAAUCGGAGAUUGGUCCAGGACGCCACCUCAACGAGGAUUUUGGAGGGACUUCUGGGUGCCAUGGUCGUUUUGGGAGUAUUUGGUAGUAUUAUCCUAAAUACUGACCGUGUACUGCCGAAAAAUCCAUGUAGCAUCGCGACGGUAGCGAGUCUUUUGGCGGACUCGAAUCUGCUGGAUCAGUUUUCGCAAGGGCUGUGGGACCCGAACGGGAAGAACCUUGACCAAAUCUUUGCUGGGCGUCGGUUUUUCUUGGGCUGGUGGGAAUCUAAUUCAGCGAGCGGUAAUAAGGUGUUCACGAUUGACCAUGAUCUGGUGGAAAAAGAAGCUUGA